AUGGAGAAAGUCCUUGUCUUGCUGGGGUUUGCCCUAGUCUUGGGCCAGGUGUCUUCCAGCCUUCAGAAAACAAAUUUGAAACGGAAGGCUGACGGAGAGGAAUGUUACCAGCACUCAGAUUGCAGAAGCAAGUGCUGUCUCAUAAGCUUGUACUGGAGUAUGAACUUUUGUGCUCCCAAAGGAAAAAUAGAGAUGCUAUGUUUACCACAGACAACAACAAACACAACCAUCCUUUGUCCCUGCCACUGGGGCCUGAGUUGCAGAUCUAUUGAUCACUUCUGUCCCCGCCGGUGCCUGAUGUUUUAGAGAAUGGAAUUCAGUGUCCACGAGCCUCUGGUCCGCACAGAACCUGAUGUGGCAGGCCCCUGCCUCCCGUACCUUCCUGCCAUCUUCUUCUUCCUCCUCCCUCCCAGCAGGCAGCCCCGCCUCCAUCAUCUACAAUCAGGUUCCUAGCACAUUAAAGCUCCUACCUGAUGACCUUGCAUGGGCCUGACUCGCAUCUUUGCCUCUGAGUGGCUAUUAGGGCUCUGUUGGGGAUGGGACAGGGCCAGGGAGGAUGGAAGAUGCAUCAAAGAGAGAGCUCUGAAGGGACUUAGGAGAACUUGGAAGAAAGCCCAGAGAAAACCCCAAAUAGAGUCAUGAAGAGUUGGACACAACCGAAACAACUGAACAACAAAUAGGCUAACUAGUUUCAGUAGUAACCAUUGAAGAAAAAAAAAAUAUGGUUCAAGGCAGUUAUUUUUAUGAAAAGCUUUCUCUUUUGUAAAAUUUGUUGUA